UACAAUCAGCCCGUUUAGUUGUAGAUUUUCCGUCUGAAUAGGAGAACAAACACGUAAAUUGGUAGAUAUGAUUAGGUUUUAGCAGUAAGUGAAGUAAAAGUGGAUAUUUAAAACGAAGAAUAAUGUUGUCGCCAACAGUUAUUUAUGGUUCAGCUUUACUUGUCUUCACGUGGCAAUUCUUGGAAGGCCUACAAGAAGAGAAACAUACACGUGUCAAGCGAGGAGCCGCACCAAGUAACUGCUAUCACAGUUGUCCAGGAGGUGAUGGUAAUUGUUACUUUGACAACAAUAUCAACGACUUUCGAUGCAAGUGUCCUUGUUGGUCCAAAUACUGCGGAUACCUAGAAGAAAAUUGUAACAACCGUGGAACGUGUGUUGCGAUGUCUGGAAAUACCGAUUUCACAUGCAAUAAUUGCAUAGCUGGAUGGAAAGGAAAACGAUGCCAUCUCAUUGACUGCGACAGUGGAUUGUAUUGCACCAAUGAAGGCGUUUGUGUUGACGACAUCAAUGGUGGAACGGACUACCGCUGUAUUUGUAAGGAGGGCUGGACAGGAAAGGACUGCCAAUUUAUCGAUUGUUCCAGUCCAAUCCGCUGCAUGAACGAAGGGCAGUGUCAUUUACAAAACGGUGGUAAGGAGUUCAACUGUACAUGUGCAGAUGGAUACUUGGGUGACAACUGUCAAAUAGAUAUGUGUUCGCCUUACAAAAUUGCCGAUAUAGUGUUUAUUAUUGACGUUUCGGACAGUCAAGAUCGAAAGGUGUUUGACGAACAGAAGAACUUCGUAAAAUACUUUAUUGCUCAGUUCCCACUUGGACCAGACCACUUCCAGUUCAGCUUAGUUUUGUACGCUAGUGAGCCCCAUGCUGUUUUCAAUCUAAGCAACACAUAUGACAACAACACCAUCAUAGACGCUGUAGACAAUGUGACAAUCCCCGAUGAUAUACACGGGGCUACUUUUACCGACAAAGCAUUGGCCUUUGUGAAAGAUCACUCAUUCGUAACAACCAACGGCGGACGUGCUGACGUGGAUAGAUACAUUAUUAUUCUGACGGACGGCAUGUCAAGCAAAUCAAUAGAGACUGUCAACCAAGCAAAGGAGCUGCGCUUGUCCUAUCCAAACAUACGAAUAAAAAGCAUCGGGUCCGGCAAGUAUGUGUUUCAUAAAGAGCUGCUGGACAUUUGCGCAUCCCUUCUUAAUGUGUUCCCUCAGCAUGGUAACGACUCGGUUCGGAGUGUUCAGAAAUCUACCAUGUAUGGAUGCAAACGAUGUACAAAAUCAUACUCGGACGUUGCCGUUGCAUUCGACAUUUCCUCCUUUAAUUAUGGUCAGCUGGACGCAGUUCUGAAAACGGCAGAGGCUCUGAUCACAAAUCUCCACACAGAUAACAACCAGACAAGGGUCAGUCUGUCUACAUACGAAAGCGUUGCCGAGGAAGUUUUUGAGUUUGACAAAUACAGGACAAGUUAUGACAUGAUAACCGCUAUGAAUAAACAUGUUCAAAAAAGAGAAACAUGCAAGAAAGAUGGACAAUGUUCGCGUACAAAUAUAAGCUCUUUGUUGCAGGAUAUUUCGAGUGAAUUUCAUUUGAAUUCUGAAAAGUCUAGACGUAAAGCUGUUAUUAUAUUUUCCCAAUUCACAUUCGACAAGGACAGUUCUGAACAUGUUUUCCGUGAAAUUCAGAAUCUGAAAGACGAUGGUGUGUUUGUUGUUGUUGUCGGCGAAGGACCCAAGGCCAAUAUAGAUAAUAUGUUAAAAUUAUCAACCACUCCCUUUUUUACAUUUAUUAUCGGGGAAGAUUUAAACACCCCUAUUGAAGCCAUUUUAGCACUAUUGUCGACACUGGAAUACGACAUUUGUUUUGCAUAGUAUGAAGACAUUAUAUUUAUGCAUCUUCUGACGUUUUUUUUGCAAUGACUAUAUAUUGUACAGUAAUAUAAAUGCAUGUGCAUUGCAUCUUCAUUAUUAAUUUAGUUUUGUUUCUACUGAAAACGUGAUGAUUUGACGUUGAUUUGAAGUUUAUUAGCAUGGGCGUUAUUACUAGACACCUAAUUAUUUGGAUGAACUUUCU